AUGAACAACUACAACCCUUCUCUGGGCCGGGGCAGAGGUGUCAACAACUCCUCCCAGGCGCCCCAACAAAGCUCAAUAUUGAGUCACUUUCCUCAGUCAAGACCUCAGGCCGGAGUACCCCCUCACUGGAACUGGGGUAAUGGUCCCUGGAACCCUCUGGAUUUCUCUGGUCCUCCCAACGAUAGCCAAACUCACCAGCAAAUCCUUGGCGCUUCCACUUUCGAGUUCCCUGGCCAGAGCUAUCGGAAUAAGCCCCCCCUAUCCGAGUGUGAAACCUUGCCAGAUUCCACCUAUGGAAGCGGUCUGACCCAGAGCAAUGCCAAUAUCUCCAAUUAUGGCGGCGAGGAUCCCGACCCCGAGUCCAACGCUGAGGCCCAGCUUGUUGGGAGGAAUCUACAAUCCCUCCAGCUUCAGACCCAAUCUGCAGUCGAUGAUUCUCACUUCCCAUGGAACCGCUCUCGCCCCCCUGCGAGCAUUGCCACAGCCCCAGUCAAGGGAGAGCGGCUUCACCCGUGUCCGACAUGCUCCAAACAAUGUCGGACUAGGUCCGAGUUGAGAAAGCAUGUGUUGAAGCAUACCCUACCCUUCCACUGCGAUGUCCAUGGAUGCUCGCGCGACAAAGGUUUCACCUCUCGGAACGACCUCGACAGACACAAGAGGACCGUCCAUGGGGAUCGCUCAGUAGCCGGUCGUGUUUUCGUGUGUACUCUUGAUGGCUGCGCCAAGAAGAAGAUCAAGCUCUGGCCGAGGGCAGAUAAUUUUCGGUGCCACCUCUCACGCAUCCACGGAAAACAGUACCGCGCUGAUGAUGACCUCGGCGAGUAUGUUUAUCGCUCUCCACCUCCAUCGCAAGAUCUCCAAGGCGUGGGAGGAUCUGCUAUGGAUUACAUGCCGAGCCAAGGCUCUCAGUUCGCUCUCCCUCCCUCGUCUGAAAUCAUCAUGCCAUCCGCUUUCCGCGACCCGUAUAAUGAAGAAUCGAGGCGUCGGGCCUCGCAGCUUCAGACCAACAACCAGUCCUUGCCCCGGAUCUCGACUGCAAACUCCUUCGAUCGAGACUCAUCGAACCUCCCCCCUGUCCAAGAAGGCGAUGGGUAUUGCAUUGCUCCAGGCUACUUGAACGGGACGGCCUCGAACACCGGGAUUUCCCUCUCCCCAACUGGAUGGGAAUCCACAAAUCCCAGUGAACGGAACCUUUCUGGAAGUAGUCAAAGUGCUUUUGGAUCUGAACCACAGGGGACCGCUCCAUCGACGACCAUGGAAGACACAUUCCGGGAUAAUCAAUCGGAUAUCGGGGUGUCUGGCACACAAAGCUCGAAUACCGAAGACCAAGAGCCCGAGCAACCUGAUAUCAGGAUGACAGAUGCAGAUGACACCCCUGCUGCAACGUCAACCCCACGAGGUCAAGCUUCAAAGGACUCGUCCAGUCCAAGCCGGGAAUCGGUGAAGGCUGUCCUGGACAGGAUUCCCAAAGACUGGAUCGAGAACUACCUCAAAGUCAAAGACGGCUCUGCUGGAUCCAAGGAUGAUUCCUCAAAAGAAGAUACGGCCGUCGGCAAGGGCCAGAAUCAAAUGCAUCAAUGUCCAGAGUGCCCAAAGACGUUCUCCAGGCAGUGCGAGCUCAAGAAGCAUCUUAAGAGGCACUCUAAGCCGUACGGUUGCACGUUCCCCAACUGUCGAAAGGUUUUCGGCAGCAAGAAUGACUGGAAGAGACACGAAAGCAUCCAACACUACCAGCUCGAGACGUGGAACUGUGACCAUCCCAAGCCAAAUUCGACAGAGGUGUGCGGAAAGGUCUGCCACCGCCGCGAGAGUUUCCGGAAUCAUCUUACCAAGGAGCACUCCAUCUUGGACUCGACCGCGAUCGAGGAGAAGCUCGACUGCUGCCGGAAAGGACGACAUUGCGAUGUCAAGUUCUGGUGCGGCUUCUGCGUCGAGAUCAUUGAAAUCACCGAGGCCGAGAAUGCAUGGGCCAAGCGAUGUGACCACAUCGAUGAUCACUUCUGUGGCCGCAAUCAGCCCUUGAAGCGCAUCUCCGAGUGGAAGCACGAAGAUCCAAAGGACAACGAGGCCAGCCCAACUCGUGAGACCGAGCCGGACUCGCCACCACAGUCUUCCACUUCCAACACGGGCCUGAGGUCCCCGAAUAGCUCUACUCCAACUGCCGAGGAGGCCAAGAAGAGCACCCCAACUCAAUACAUGUGGGUUUGCGUGAGUCUUGACCUGUCCUCGCCGCAUAAAUAG